GUAAUGUACACUCGUCUUUAGGUUUUUGAUAGUUCGUCACUGUUUCUACGUCUAGUUGGUUGGAAUGGAGGCGGAGUCAACGGGAUCCGUUCUCUCUACCUAGUGCGCGCUCCCGACGCAGAGGAAACUAAUUCUGUCAGGGGUAUCUAUCUUGGCACGUUCCUCUCUUCAAACUUUUGGUGCGUGAGCUGGUUAGGGCUGUCUUUGAUGGAGCGCUGGCGGGGCAGAGUGGCUCUGGUGACCGGAGCCUCGGUCGGGAUGGGGGCGGCUGUAGCCGUGGAGCUGGUCCGGCUCGGUAUGAAAGUGGUGGGCUGCGCCAGGGACGUGGGGAAAAUACAG